AUGCAGAAAACCAGCCAACAAGAGCACGACCCCAAGAGAGGAGGCAAAGUCCCCAACAAAACUGAUUCUGAUCUGGGUUACCUCUCUGCUGUAACACACACGAUUAACACUGGGUCAGCUAGACCUGUGCGUCAGCCAGUGAGAAGAACACCUCUUGGAUUCCAAGGUGAGGAAGAAGCCCAUCUUCAAGACAUGCUGAGAGCAGGUGUCAUCACGCCAUCAUCAUCAGAGUGGGCCUCUCCAGUGGUUUUAGUACGCAAGAAGGAUGGAGGAGUACGAUGGUGUGUAGAUUACCGCAACCUAAAUAGCCUAACAGUCAAAGAUGCGUAUCCUUUACCCAAAAUAGAGGAAUGUCUUGAUGUUCUCGGGGGAGCUACUAUGUUCUCGACACUCGACUUGCAAUCUGGAUAUUGGCAGAUAGCAGUGGAUGACAAAGACCGUGAGAAGACGGCGUUCAUCACCAGAUGGGGCCUCUACGAGUACACCCGUAUGCCUUUUGGCCUGUGCAACGCCCCCAGCACUUUUCAAAGGGCUAUGGAACUUGUCCUCAGGGGACUCCAAUGGGAGACGUUGCUCAUUUAUCUGGACGAUGUUAUUGUCCUAGGUAGAGACGCAGAUGAGAGCCUGGAUCGUCUCUCACAAGUCUUCGAUUGCCUCCACAACUAUGGUCUGAAGUUGAAGCCAUCAAAAUGUCACCUGCUCCAAGAGGAGGUUCUCUUUCUAGGCCACAUUGUGAGUGGAGAAGGUAUUCAGCCAAACCCAGCUUUGGUCAGGGACGUACAGCUCUGGGGACCUCCCAGCAACGUUAAAGAGCUUCAAGCUUUUCUCGGACUAUGUAACUAUUACCGCAAGUUCGUACCAGCUUUUGCAGAGCUUGCAAGUCCUCUCCACAAUCUUCUAAAGAAGGGGGUCACGUUUCAGUGGACAGAAGAACAUCAGGAGGCCUUUGCACAGCUAAAAGAAAAGCUAACAACUACACCAGUGUUGGGAUACCCGAUUGCAGAGGGCAAAUACAUUCUCGACACUGAUGCAUCAAAUCAUAGUAUUGGCGCAGUCUUGUCACAAGUCCAGUGGGGGGAGGAGCGAGUACUGACAUAUGCCAGCAGUCAUCUUACACCAGCUCAACAGAGGUAUUGUGUCACAAGGCGUGAGUUACUUGCCAUUGUGCGCUUCACCCGCCAGUUCCGCCACUACCUACUUGGACGGAAGUUUUUGCUGCGAACAGAUCAUGGCAGUCUCACCUGGCUCUUCAGGUUCAAAUAUCCCGAAGGCCAGCUGGCUCGGUGGUUGGAGGAGUUGAGCCAGUAUGACUUCCACAUAGAACAUCGAGCAGGCCACAAGCACUCAAAUGCUGACGCCCUGUCAAGACGAAGCAUGGAAUAUGCAGACAAGUGUGACUGCUAUCAAGCAGGGAAAUACCUGUCUGACCUCCCAUGUCAAGGUUGCAAGUACUGCCAAAGGCUUCACGAACAGUGGACACGUUUUGAGGAAGAUGUUGAUGACAUUUUGCCAUUGGCGUUGAGGUCCAUUGAACCAGCCAGUGAACCCAGUGGUGCACAGUCGAUGGAAUCAGGCCAACUAUCAACAACCCAGUUGGAGACUCCAGUCAUUAAUUGGAUAGAGUCCACCAGCUCUGAUGAGCUUGCCCAACUCCAGAAAGUUGAUUCUGUCCUCUCCAUCCUCCACCUGUGGAAAGAAUCUGGGACACUUCCAACUAAGGAUCAGGUGAUGCUUGAGAGCCCUGCAGUGAGGAAAUUCUGGCUCUGUUGGCCUCAGGUGGUGUUGAGACAAGGAGUUCUAUACUAUUCCUGGGAGAGAGUCGGGGGGCAACAUCCAACAUUGCUGUUGCUAGUGCCAGUUUCCAUGCAACAAGAAAUCCUGCAGGCUAGCCACAACCCUCCCAACUCAGGUCACCUUGGGGAGGCAAAAACUUUAGAGCGCCUGCGCCAAAGCUACCAUUGGUAUGGAAUGGGCACAGACGUCCAUUUGUUUGUGAAGAAAUGUCAGCACUGCAAUGCAUCUAAAGCUGCAGGACCAACAAAAAGGGCCAAGCUGCAAAGCUAUCAAGCUGGUGCUCCUUUGGACCGUCUCCACCUGGACAUCCUUGGACCGUUCCCGGUAUCCAGCUCAGGCAACAAGUACAUUCUGGUCAUAAUUGACCAGUUUACUAGAUGGGUGGAAGCUUUUGCUGUUUCUGACCAAGGAGCGGAAAUAACAGCCAAGAAGCUUGUGUAUGACUUCAUUGCUCGAUUUGGUGCCCCCCUUGAGUUGCAUACAGACCAGGGCCGCAAUUUUGAAAGUUUACUCUUUCAGAAUGUAUGCAAGCUUCUGCAGAUCACAAAAACUAGGACUACUCCAUAUCACCCCGCCUCUAAUGGACAGGUGGAACGGUUCAAUAGGACCUUGCUCCAAAUGAUCCGGUGCUAUGUGGAUCAAAAUCAGAAGAACUGGGACGAGCACUUGCCAUUACUUACCUCAGCCUAUCGCAGUUCCCGGCAUGCAGUCACAGGGUUUACACCUAACCAGCUCAUGUUUGGCAGGGAAAUUCACCAACCACAUGACGUUCAAUCUGGGGCUGCAGAACUCAAGUCAGAUAGAAUGGGUGUGGUGGAGUUCCUUUGCAAUCUAAGAGAAGGACUUGAGGAGGCUCAAAGCAUAGCAAGAAAACAUCUCCACACCGCACAAGAGCGCCAGAAGAAGAUAUAUGAUGUGCGAGCACAAGAGCAUUCAUACAGUGUUGGAGAUCUGGUGUAUGUGAAGGAUGACACUAAGAAGAAGGGACUAAGCCCCAAGCUUAAGUCACCAUGGAACGGCCCUUUCAUUGUUUCUGCCCGUCGUGGUCAUGUCAUCUAUGAAGUCCAAGGCUUUAAGCGCAGCAAGAUACUUCACCAUGACCGGCUAAAACCAUAUGACAGCGAUGUGGUUCCUGCUUGGAUUGGACGGCGGAGAAACCAAGUGCUACAGCAGCAUCAGGACCUGGCAACACCACUGCCUGAAGAGGAUCUCCCAUACGAGCCUCUGGAUUCUGGAACCGAUCCAGAAGUGACCUUGUGCCGGAUCUGGGCCAAACCGGGCCCAGGCUCGGCCGGCCGCGGGAAACCUGGACGAGAGCCGGAGAAGCGGGAGGCCAGCCGCGGGGCUCGUUUACACCUGUCGGCUUGUGGCGCAUGA